CGCCCUCCGAACCACUUGCUCGAUUAUUUCCCAGAAAACCCCCGCCGAACCACGUCGAACUCUUCUUCUCAUGUUCAACAAACCACCACUCUCUCCAAAACCGAAUCACGACCCCCUCGGUUAUCGCGACUUGACAUCCUAAUAGUUUCUUAAUCACCAACAAUCUUGCCCAGGUCUCACGGUGCUACGACUCCCGACAGCUGCCUCGUUCUCUACAAGGAGUUAGGAGAGGCAAGUAUCGUCGGCGAAGAAGAAGGAGAACGACGAUCGACCGCUGCCAAAUCUCUCCAUCUCUGAUCUGCCUCCUGGAUCCAGUGUGAAAAUGCCCCCGCCAAACAACAUGAACCGCUUUCAAGGCGGGCCGAACACCAUGUACCAUCAGCAGCAAUAUCAGACACACGCACCUCAAACCUCGGGCCACCCACCGCCACUGGGUGGAAACCCUGCUUAUCUCAACCAACUGUCUGCCGCUGGCAAUCCUUUUGGAGCGACCAGCAACCUGAUGGGCCUUGCCGGUGGAAUGGGUGCCGCUGCUGGCGGCUUCAAUGCCGAAACCGGCCUCGCAAGCCAUGCCGCGCGAAUGGGCUUCCAUAGCGGGGCAAUGCAGCAGGCGCAAGCUCAACAGCAACAGGUUCUGCAGCAGCAGCAGCAACACCUGCAGGCACAGCAACAUGGCCAACACCCCGCUCUCCAUCCUGCCCAACACACUCCACAACAAAGCCAUGCCUUGGAACACACAACGCGGGCGGCCCAGAACAAGGGAAGGAUACGGGAGGUGUGGAAGCACAAUCUGGAGGAGGAGUUUGAGAUUCUGCGAGAUCUGAUACAGACACAUAAAUAUGUGGCUAUGGACACGGAAUUUCCGGGUGUUGUAUCGAGGCCAAUGGGCGGAUUUAGGGGGAAAAGCGAUUACCAUUACCAAUGCCUGCGGACAAACGUCGAUAUGCUCAGCGUUAUUCAGAUCGGAAUCGCGCUUUUCAACGAGGAUGGUGAACAACCGACUUCUGUAGACCCAUCGUCCCAAUGGUCAAACCCUAGGAGGACAGGCACUCAAGCGCCACUGCCUUUCACCUGGCAAUUCAACUUCAAAUUCUCUCUUGAGGACGACAUGUACAACGAGACCUCGAUUGAAUCACUCCAGCAUGCCGGUAUCGAUUUUAAGCGAAUGGAGCAGGACGGCAUCGAUCCUUUCAAGUUCGCUGCGCUCUUGAUACCAUCUGGCCUGGUUCUUGAGGAUGAUGUAUAUUGGAUCAGCUUUCACGGCGGAUAUGACUUCGGUUAUCUGACCAAGCUCUUGAUGCCCAAGAACCUUCCCGGCGACGAGGGCGACUUUGACGAGGAGAUGAAGAGGUGGUUUCCUGCCACCUAUGAUGUGAAGCACCUGAUGAAGCAUGCCAUCAAGCUUCAGAACAGCGGCCAGCUUGAAGUCCGGGACCCUGGUGUGGUCGAUAUUCUGACAAAGUUCGAGCAGAAGGCCGGCCUCGAACACAUUGCCGAGACACUCAAGAUCAAGCGAGUAGGCAGCGCCCACCAGGCUGGGUCGGACAGCUUGCUCACUGGGCGAGUAUUCUUUGAGUUGCGAAAGCGCAUCUUCAACGGCCACAUUCCGGAAGAACAUCUGGGCAAAGUGUGGGGAUUGGGUGUGCCAGACUAUUCCAUCGGUGCGCAGCAGUUCAACAGCGGGCAACAGCAGUCCACAGCCAACAAGAGCAACAAUGCCGAUGGCUCUGCUGCGAAUGGUGCUACCCCAAGCACGCCCAACACAAACAAUGUUGGGCUAGCCAACAACACCACGCCGGCCCCAGCAUCCCAUCAAACCAAUGGUGUGAACAACCAGUCAAACAGUAACAAUGCUGCUGCCGGGUCUUCUGGCGGAAAUGCCGCCCAGAGCGUGGGUGGAGGCAUGGGUCCAAUGACACCUGGAGGGGGAGGAGGAGUAUUUGGGGCGUUUGCUUUUGGCGGCGGAAAUACCAACAGCGCUAGAUAGAGCUCGAGCGUGGAUCCAGUCGACGACAACGAAAAAGCAGUCGAGGACGAGGUGGAUAUCGAUUCGAGUGACAAUGUCAAGUCUAUUAAUGUUCA